GCCCGUCAUCCUUUUCGCGGCGUGAAAAUUGGCGGGAAAGAAAGCAGGGCCAUGUCGGAAGACUCUCGCCUCGCGCAGUCGCCGCCGCCGCUGCCGCCUGUGAAGGUCCUGGCCGCGCACCUGAGGCGGUGCCGCCGGGUCCCUGGCGGGCCGUGGCUGCUGGACCGGGAGGAGUACCGGCGCCCCGCUCUCGCCGUGUCGCUGGUGUGGCUUCAGGGCACGGUGCUGGCCGUGGAGGAAGGUGGCUCGACGGUGCGGCUGCGGGACGACAGCGGCCCUUUCGUGGCUCAGGGCGUGGAGAAGAUCCCCAAGGGGCAGCCUUGCCUCAGCGCCGGGAAGUACGUGAUGGUGAUGGGCCUGGUGAUGUCUUGCAGCCCAGAGCCCACCAUCCGAGCUGUGAAGAUGACGGACCUUUCAGGCAACCCCCUGCACAGGGACAUGUGGCAGCUGGAAGUGGAGGAUUUGCAUAGGCACGUUUUGUGAUGGGAACAGUUUGUCAAAACAGCUUCUCAAAAGAACCUAGGAGGCUGAAGAAGCACCUUUGGAUUUAUUUAUUUUUUUAUGAGGUUCCUCCUUUAGGAGAACUUGGAUUAACCAGCGGAAUUUGACCUUGGUUCCUUUGCUGCAGAUAUGACAGAGCAAUGGAGAUGGAAAUGCUUGCAUCCCAACCCCCUUUUUGGAGGAGGGCCGUCACUGAUUUCCAAUUAGUCAAAUUGGGUCAAGUAACGUUAGCUUAUCCAGUGGAGAAUGCAGUUGUCACUGCUACGAUAAAACAUCCGCAGUCAAGAAUCUGGUUGCAAAACUUUGGGCUCUUCUUUCGGCCUGCACUUUCUCUGUAUUACAACGCAUCUAAUGUUGAGUUGCCGAUUUCACUACCAGUUGCAGUCCAGACAUCUGACUUCAACUGUAAUUCCUUGAACUGCUAUGUGAAGUCCAUGCUGCUUUGAAAUACUGUUUCCUCUGCCCCAGGAUAUAUUUGGACUAAUAGAUUUUCUGGACAGCUAUACACAUGUGGCUUCAGGGAGACACUUGCAAGAUGGACAAAAGUUACAAUAAAAACCUGAGCCUAUUAUCAGCUUGAGCAUCUAUGCUGACCAUUUUCUGAUGGGUCAGUGGGGUUCUUAAUGGCUCGUGUUUCAUGGAAUUCAACAUCACAGCUUAUGCAUAAUUGAUGUGCCUUGUUUUGGAACUUGCCUUGCUUACUAAUGUGUGACUAUUGUGAGGUGUGGAGGUAGCUAUUAAAUAAUCCACAAUCUACUCCUGAUUUUGAGGUAGUACUUUUCCCAAAUAAAAAGAAUGCAGGGUAGUUGCUGAUGCAUGCUGCUCUGGGGCAUAUUGCGUUUCAGCAUAGAAGCGCAUACUAAACACACAUAGUAUUUCUACAUUGUCCAAAUAUUAAAGAAUCACCUCUUGCUAGCUACUGGAUUUAGUUAUGCAUAGUCCCUCUGGUUUGCUGUGACUCAGCAACAUAUUAUGGAAUCGAGUUUCCUUUUACUUCUGAUGCUCAAACAAAAAUGUUUAUAUUAACAGGUUUGGCAUUGCUGAGUACUAUUAACAUACGAAGUGGUGGUCAGAGGGUACUAACUCAAUUUUCUGCAGACUCAGUUUCAGGUAUAAGUGUUCCACAUGUGUAUUUCUAGAUAUAUACUUGGGUUAAAAAAAGAAUUCUGGAAUAACUCAGUCACAGCAUGAGCACUGAAUAGUAUGGAACAGAAAUACAAGUUUUCCAAUAAAGAUAUACUAAAAAUAGAGGACAUGAAAUCUAGUUGCAUAGUAUUCAAAAGCAUAAUCUCUAGGUUUAGGAGAUGCAGCCAUGCUGUAGUCCAGAGAUGUGUAUAGAUUAACUUUUUAGUGCAACCUUUAACUAACAGUUCACCAUGUAUUAUCACUAUUAUUCUGAGCAGACUGCAGAAAUAGAAGCAUGAAACCCUGGCCAAGGCAGUCACACUGAAUGUAUUUAAGUUCAUGCAGUAGGUUUAUUUUAAAAUGCUCAACAGCUGUGUAAUUUAACAUGGAACUUUAAUGUGUGUGUGUUUCUCAAAUAUAAGUGAAUAUGGAAGAAAUAUAAUACAAAAAAUCCAAUUUGUCAUUUUCUAUAAAGCCUCUUGCAAUUUUGGGUU